AUGGAGCCGUCCGCGGCGCCCGGAGCUGCCGAACUGGCCGACCUGUACUCCGUGAUCCCGUUCAACGUCACCUUCCCGGACGACGUGAUGGGCUUCGUGCCGGACGCGCGCAACUACACCGAGCAGAACCCGGUGAGGAGCCCCGCGGGGAUCAUCAUCGCCAUCUCCAUCACCGCGCUCUACUCCGUCAUCUGCGUGGUGGGACUCCUGGGCAACAUCCUCGUGAUGUACGGUGUGGUCAGGUACACCAAGAUGAAAACCGCCACAAACAUCUACAUUUUCAACCUGGCCCUGGCCGACGCACUGGCCACCAGCACCCUCCCCUUCCAGAGUGCCAAGUACCUGAUGAACACCUGGCCUUUCGGCGAGCCGCUGUGCAAACUGGUCAUCGCCAUCGACUACUACAACAUGUUCACCAGCAUCUUCACCCUGACCAUGAUGAGCGUGGACCGCUACAUUGCCGUGUGCCACCCGGUGAGGGCGCUGGAGUUCCGGACACCCGUCAAGGCCAAGAUCAUCAACGUGUGCGUCUGGAUUCUCUCGUCGGCCAUCGGAGUGCCCAUAAUGAUCAUGGCAGUUACCAAGGUGACAGAUCAAGGAAAAACCAUCUGCACUCUGAAGUUUCCCGAUCCUGACUGGUACUGGGACACGGUGACUAAGAUCUGCGUGUUCAUCUUUGCCUUCGUGGUGCCGGUCCUCGUCAUCACCAUCUGCUACGGGCUGAUGAUCCUCCGCCUGCGGAGCGUCCGACUUCUCUCUGGCUCCAAGGAGAAGGACAGGAACAUGCGUCGCAUCACCCGCAUGGUCCUAGUAGUGGUGGCGGCCUUCAUCAUCUGCUGGACGCCCAUUCACAUCUUCAUCAUCGUCAAAACUCUGGUGGAGGUCGAUCAGAGGAACCCCUUCGUGAUUGCCAGUUGGCACCUGUGCAUUGCCCUCGGUUAUACCAACAGCAGCCUCAACCCCGUCCUGUACGCCUUCCUCGACGAGAACUUCAAGAGGUGCUUCAGGGAAUUCUGCCUGCCGUUCCGCACCAAGGUGGACCAGACCAGCCUCUCCAGGGCCAGGAACGCCACCCGGGAGCCGGUUUCGGUUUGUGCUCAAUCUGACGCAGGGAAGAAGCCAGUAUGACUAGGCCUGGAGCGGAUCCCUCGAGGGUCCCGCUCAAGGAGGGUCCAGCAGGAGCUGCAGUCUGAGGUCACCCAGAUCUCCACCACUGAAUUCUAGAGUCUAGUUACUGA